CUUUACCUAACGAGGUCAUAAUGGCGGCCCGCUGCAUGUGAAGGUGUCGGAACCAGAGCCGGCUUAAUGAUCGGAGAACAUGUAUAAAACGCCAUGUAGCAGACUGACAGGUUUGGUUGGUGCAAGUGUGAAACAGAAACUAGUUCAGACAUUUCCUCAAUGUAACCAGACUGCUCGCAACCUUAUUCAGCUGCACAGAAGAGAUCCAUCAAACUGGCUGACGUACCAGCAUCUUAACUUCCUGAAACGCCAGUAUGUAGCCAAAAACAACAGUGAGCUUCACCAACGUGCCAUCCCAAAACCGGCUCCCUCUCUGACCAUUGUGGACGAGCGAGACGACAGCGUGGAAAGACAGGUGCAGAGAAUACCAACUAUUGAUCCUGUGGUCACAGAUACUGUUUCACAGCCAGAGGAUGUCGCCAGUAAAGCAACGCCUGGAAUAUCCACUGUGAAGCCUGAUACAGAAGAUGCUGCAGUACAGGAAGAUGCUGUGUCCAGUGAGGUCGUGACCUCAGAUGAGACGCCACACAUCCAGGUGGAGACAGAAGAGGCCAGGGAGGCACGUCUGGACAGACAGUGGAAGCAGAUGAAGAUUGAUGUGGCUGACUUGCCACAAGUCUACGCCAAGCUGGCCAAGAUAAAACUCACAGCACUGGUGGUUACGAGUGCGGCAGCCGGCUUUGCGAUGGCUCCAGUGCCCUUUGACCCUCUCCUCUUCUUCGUGUCUUCUCUGGGAACAGGCCUCGCCUCUUGUACUGCCAAUUCAAUCAACCAGUACUUUGAGGUGCCCUUCGACUCCAACAUGAACCGCACAAAGAACCGUCCACUCGUCAGAGGACAGAUCAGUCCCCUCCAUGCAGUGUCCUUUGCGCUGGCCUGUGGGAUUCCAGGUGUUGCUCUGCUCACGCUGGCGGUGAACCCCUUGACCGGCUUCCUGGGCGCCCUCAACAUCUUCCUCUACACCUGUUGCUACACACCGCUCAAGAGGCUCAGCAUCACCAACACCUGGGUGGGAGCAGUGGUGGGUGCGAUACCUCCCAUCAUGGGCUGGACGGCUGCAACAGGUUGUCUGGAUCAAGGUGCUCUGUUGAUGGGCGGCUUCCUGUACAGCUGGCAGUUCCCCCACUUCAACGCCCUCAGCUGGAACUUAAGGGAAGACUACUCCCGCGGCGGCUACCGCAUGAUGUCCGUCACCCACCCCGGCAUGUGCAAGCGUGUGGCCCUGCGCCACAGCGUGGGCUUGAUCGGCCUCUCGACUGUAGCGCCCGUGCUGGACGUCACCACCUGGACCUUCCCCGUCAUCUCCCUACCCAUCAACCUGUACAUCAGCUACCUGGCCAUCCGCUUCUACCACAAGGGCGACCGCAGCAGUGCCCGCAAGCUGUUCUUCUGCAGCCUGUGGCACCUGCCCAUGCUGCUGCUGCUGCUGCUGCUCUGCAAGAAGCCUCGCAGAGACCAGGAGGAAGCAGCUCUACCUCCGGCGGCGUCACCACUCGCACCGCAAAGCUAGCUCGUGUCACAGACCUCUGAGAGCUUUAUUUUACCUGAGACACUCCCUCAGUGUCUCCUUUAACCACUGCUUGUGUCGGAGGUGUCUGUGUGACAGACACAUUGUUUUAUCUGUUUGAGUGAAGUCAGUUGUCGCUCGCUGCGGAUCAGGAAAUGAGCUGGAAAUGAUUUGGAUCAAAAUAACUGAUUUACAGAAAACACACUGCAUUAUGACAUCAGGGUGUAAUCAUUUCACUGUGUGUGUACUGUAUAUAUUCUGUAUUUAUUUAUAUAGCAGCUCCUCUCCAUGUUGUACAUGACUGAUGUUAAUUAUCCUGUACAGUGUAAAUUGCUCCUAUGGAUCCACACAGGGAUCACUGUCUGCAGAUUACUGCAUUGUACAAAUGCACAUUAGAAGAAGAACAUAUAUAUAAAGGACAUGAGGACGUCUAGAGAUGCACCCAUCGCAGUUUUAUUAGCCGAUUCUGAUUUUCUUCCUUUCUCAGAGCUGUGACAGCGCACACAGACAUGUUUAGACCUUUUCUUUAAAGCAGCAGGAAACUUGAAAUAGUGAAAAAGCUUUUAUAAUAUCAAAGAUGAGUGUCUCAUCAAGCAUCCACAGAAAGCUAAGUGAAAAUAAAAGUUUACAACCUCGUUCGAAAGCUGCUCAUUUAGCUGCUCAGACCAUUUCUCAGGACUGUGGGGGCGUGACCAGAUCACACUUGAAUAUCAGCUCCCCUUCAGCUCAACUAACAAUACCACUUUAGAUUCAUUUAACCACUAGCGUUAAAACACGUUGCUGCCGCGGAAUAAACCACCACAUCUGUCAAAGAGCCCGACCUGGUGAGAAAGCUAACUAGCUAACAAGGUUAGACCACUCAAACUAUACCUCACAGGAACAAAUCUGCCUCCUCUAGGCUAGCGAAGGUGUGACCCACCCUACUGUCCCUCUGGUUGGCUAGUACUCGUUGCCUUCGUUGGUUGGAUUGGUUCGGAUUAUGUUGAGAGUGUCAGGGUAAGCCAAUCAGAGGCAGUAAGGCAGAUAAGGACGCUAUCCUCUGGAAUAUUGUGCUAACCGUUCUAGCAUUUUCAGUCCACUUGCAUGAAACGGUUAGCAUUAGCUUUUCUAUGUGACACUUCAAAGCUUAGUAUCAAGCAGCCAGGGGCGUAGCACCAGAUUCAGGGCCCUAUGCAUAUGCAGAUUCCCUUUUCUGGGGAAAGGACUUGGCGGUGUAUGUUUGUGCUUCAGCAGCAGUCACUCACUCGGCUCUUGCUGCGUUUAGAGACAAAUCCUAGUGCAGGGUUUGGACUAAACCAUUCUGCGCCUUCAAGGGGUGGCAGGGGCCUCAAAGAGCUUCUACUAGUUCAGUCUUUCAACCAUUUAUUUAGCCAAUUUUAGUUUAGUUAUGGGACUAAUUACUUAGAAUUAAAAAAUUGCAAACAAAACCAAAGUUUUUGUGCCAGGCUUUUCAAGGGCCCCCCUUGAAAAAUCGGUCCCCCCACUAGGACGCCCUUGUAGCUACCCCUGGAGUCUUUGAGUCACUUUCUACAAACAUCUAAUUAGCAGACUCGAGUAGACCACCCAUAUCUGUGUUCUAAUGAAUUAUACCUCCCGGAUGAAGAGGCUAAGUGUGUUAGCAUCUUCCAUCCACUUACAUGCAACAAUUAGCAUUAGCUUUGCUUAUCAGUGCAGUGAUUCAUACAAAUUUGGGUGGUGUACUCCAGCCUGCUUGUUAGCUUAAAGGCCUUUGCGCACUGAGAAAAAUAAAUACGACCUCACGUUGUGUCAAUCAUGUUUGCACACUGUGUCCGAAACUUUCGUUCGUCAUAAAAUUUUUCGGAACAGGUUCGAUUUUCUGCGUUUUUCACAUCCGUCAGAGCCUUUCGAGACGUUUGACUGAGAAUCAAUGAAGAAAAUGUGGCGGUGGGACACAGAAUCAUUUCAUAACUCAGACUGCUUUCUUUCAGCAGGUUAGAUGGUAAUAUUCAGGAUGAUGAAUUUGAUGAGGAGGAGGAGGAGGAGGAUGUGGACCGCACACAGAAUAUGGAGGAUGGCUCCGCCCCUUCUUGCAGCUGUGGUACCAAAUGAAAGGCAGGGAUGGAGUGGUGACAGCCAGAUAGGAAACUCCAGGAAGAAAUAUGUCUUCUUUUGUCAAGUAUUGAGAAUUUUCAGCAGAUAGAGGAGGACGGAAUAACAAAAUGCAUCCGAAGAAAACGGACUCAGUGUGCGAAGGCCUUUACAGUUGCUUUCAAACCAUGUGCAGCUGCAUGGGAAUGAUUUUAAACUUUUAAGAACGGGUUUCGGUGACUCUGACAAGAGUUCGUUUCUGUCUGUGUUGCUGUUUGCAGUAUGAAACAUCGCACUGCGCAUGUUGGUAGAUUUGAUCGGUACAGGAUCGGCUAGAUCUGAGACAGUCGCCGAUGAAGCUGAUUCUGGUCACCAUCCGAUCGAUCGGUGCAUCUCUACGACACCAUGUCAUGAAAAGAUUUCUGUUUGUCAGUCAGUGUAUAAAAAUAGGACGAAUACAGACUCUUGAAGCAGCUGUGACUCUGUUCAUUGUUUGACUUUCACAUGUUACUUGACAGUUUAAGCCUCGCUGUGUUUUGCUGCUCAGCGAACGCACCAAUGGUUCCUCGUUCAUUUUCAUAAUGGUUUAAUUCAAUACGGUUGGCCUGCACCAAAACGACGGGAGUAUCUUCCCCCUGUACGAACCACAAGGGCGAAUGUUCUCUAACAAUAAACACGUCAUGAUUGUAA